AUGGCUCUCCAUCCUAAAUUUCUGGGGCAGAAGUUGUUGGCCAAUGCACAGCAACCAUGGCAUACCCUCGAACUCUACCUUGAUUAUGUCUGCCCUUACUCUGCAAAGCUAUUCAACACAUUCUACACAUCGGUGAGACCAAUUAUCUUACAAAAUUAUCAAUCAAGACUUCAGGUUGUCUUUCGUCAGCACAUUCAACCUUGGCAUCCAUCAUCCACUCUGACGCAUGAAGCUGGUGCGGCGGUGCUGAAAAUAGCUCCAGACAAGUUCUGGGAGUUUAGCGCUGCACUUUUCAAUCACCAAGAAGAAUUCUUUGAUGUCAGUGUUGUUAAAGAGACGCGUAACAAGACAUAUCAGAGACUUGCAAAAAUAGCCGCGACAGUUGGUGUUGACGAACACGAGAUGCUCGAAUUAUUGAACAUCAGCGAAGUUAUGCCUGAUGGACAGUUGAAUACCGGCAACAAGGUGACGAAUGAUAUCAAAUUGAUGGUCAAGUCAGGUCGAACAAUUGGCGUCCAUGUAUCUCCGACCGUAUAUUUCAAUGGCGUCGAAGAACCAGGUAUCAGCAGCAGCUUCACGGCCACACAAUGGGAGCAAUGGCUGGCCAUGAAUGUAGCGUAG